AUGUUUAAAAAGGCUUCUUCAUCAUCAAUCAUACAACUCAACAAGGCCGUAUCAACCAAAUCAUCUCCUUUGGUUGCUAAUUUAUCAUCAAUUCAAAGUGCUAAUUUCACUGAUUAUGCCUACAUUAGAAGUAAAUCAUUAGAAGAAGCCAACGCUAACGUUUUGUUUCUCUACCGUAGAAUGUUGAAGAUUUUGCCUUGGAUGAAGGAAACUUAUCACGUACCAACAAAUCUUGAUGUUAUGAGAAAAACAAUCCACAAGGAAUUCAAGAGCUUCCAAGGUUUAUCCGAUACAGAACUUAUUGACGCUUUAGUUAUUCGUGGUUACAUUGAAUAUAAUGAAGCCACAAUGCACCACAAACAAAGAGGACACAUUAUCAAAUUCUUCAUUGAAUCCGAUGUUACAAAUGUUGCUCCACAUUUACAAGAAUACAAGAGAAUUAUGAAAGAAAAAGUCGAUACUCAAUCACUCUGUGCUUCCGUGGAAGGCAAGGGUAUGGGUAGAAACAUUGGAAAAUAUCUUAAAAACACUAAAGACUUGUAAACUUUUUAACAGAGAUUAUUAUCCUUCUCGAAUGGGAUUAUAAUAUGAAGGCGAAAAUCUUAACACAUAAAAAACAAUAAUUAUUUAU